AUGAUCGAAGAAGGAAGCAUUGGGAACCGCUUAGUUCGAGUGGGACCACAUGGCUAUGUCAUUUACGUUUGGGAGACAAAACCAUGUAGGAUUGUUCAGUCUCAAGAUAAUCACAGAUGGAACCUUGGUUGGUGCCAAAAAGAUGUUGAUCAGUUAGAAGCUGUUGGAACCAGAAUCAUUAUAACAACUAGAAAUGAGCAUUUGCUCAAGAAUUUUCAGGUGGAUGCAAUACGCACAAUAGAUGAAAUGAAUGAGAACGAAGCUCUUGAACUCUUUAGUUGGCAUGCCUUUCAUAAUAAGUACCCUUCCGUAGAUUAUUGUCAACUUUCAAAACGUGUGGUUAGUUAUUGUGGAGGUUUACCGUUAGCUCUUGAAGUGGUAGGUUCUUUCUUGUAUGGUCGAAUGGUACUCGAAUGGGAAGAUGCAUUGAAGAAACUAAAGAAAAUUCCUCAUAAUAAAAUUCAGGAAAAGCUUAAGAUAAGUUUUGAUGGCCUCGACGAUCAAAAAAUCAAGGAUAUAUUUCCUGACAUAUCGUGUUUUUUUAUCGGAAUGGACAAGGAUAAGGUUACACAAAUAUUGGAUGGAUGUGGGGUUUUUCCAAGAAUUGGCAUUAGUAUCCUCCUUGAAAGAUGCCUUCUAAAAGUUGACAACAAAAACAAGUUUAUGAUGCACAAUUUACUUAGAGAUAUGGGAAGAGAGAUUGUUCGUAAUGAAUCUCCAAAAGAGCCUGAAAAGCGAAGCAGAAUCUUUGUUAACAACGAUGUGCUUGUUGUACUUGAGAAACAAAAAGUAAGAGAUCUCUCGUGUUUUUCUUGUGAAUCAAAUGCAAGCUGCAUAAGCUUGAAUAAGCUUCCAGAGACUUUAUCUAAAUUAAAAUCUGUUGAGACACUUGUUAUUUCUGGCUGCUCAAAUUUAGAAAGUCUGCCUAAGGAUUUAGGUGAGAUGGAAUCAUUGACAACUCUAGAAGCAAAUGAAACUCGUAUAGAAUUGCUCUCCUCAAUUGUGAAGGUGAAGAAACUCAAACGUUUAUCCCUAAAUGGAUGUAAAGGUCCUCUGUCAAAGCCAAGAUGGUCUUGGAUCUUCUCAAGCUAUUUGUUGAGCUCUAGUGUGGUACUCCCAACAUCUUUACAAGGCUUGGAGUCCCUAAAGAUACUAUGUCUUAAAAAUUGCAACUUGUCAGAUGAUGCCAUUCCUAAUGAUAUUGGAAGCUUAGUGUCUCUAGAGAAAUUGGAUUUAGGAGGCAAUGACUUUCAUGCCCUACCAUCUAGCAUCAGCUGCCUUCCAAAACUUACAGAACUUUGGUUGGAACGUUGCUCAAAUCUUGAAAGAAUAUCAAAUCUACCACCAAAUUUAAAAAGGAUUUACGCACGUUUCUGCAAGGCAUUGGAAAGCAUAUCAUACUCAUCAUACAUGUUCUACCUACACGUUCGUAGUUGCCCCAAGCUAGUUGAGAUUUCACUUGUUCGAGAGUUUGUGCGGUUGCCAAAUAUUCCCACUAUUGAAAUGAACAGUUGUCAUGCAAAGUUGCAUCAAUACAUCUUGGAGAGAAUACUUGGAGAAAUAAAUCAAGGAAUAAAGCUACACACUUUUGUAAAUGAGGAUGAUAUUUGGGAGAGCAGUUGGUCGCUGUAUCAUAAAGCAUCUCAAAUCGCUGACUUUGAUUUCGAAGGAUACAUUUUCAACGUUCCAUUUAACAUUAUGGAAGUAUAUGGAGACAACCCCAGAACGAAAUGGAUUAUUGAGGACUUACCAAAAGUAAAAGAUGGUGCCAAUGGCAUGAUUCACACUAUUGGGAAAACUUGCUUUGAUUUGAAUAGACGCUCUUCAGACAGGUGCAUUAUAAUCCGUAAAAAUAGGGUUAGUACGUCUAAAUAUGCGUUAUGGAUAAAAUGCAUACGAUUCAACUUUGGUUGUCGUGCUUGGUUCAAUGAGGCAAUUAUUAGAGUGACUUAA